AUGGCAGAAAAAGUCAACCCUAUAACAAGCGUCACCAGCGCUGGGAACAGACUUGACGCUGCUGAUCAUGAACUAGACAUUAAUGCUAUUACCUCGAACCCGCUUUCGCUUAACGAAGUGGCCGAAGCGCUUACUCUGGACCAGAAGUUCUAUAUCUUGAGGAGGUUGGAGUUUGGUCACCUUACUACGUUUGACGACUUACCGCCAACGGCUGCUUUCAUGAUUGAGAAGAUCCAGACCUUGGAUAUCCUCGAGGCUGAAGAGAUCUUGAAACAGUUCUUGAAGGACCACGAUAUGGAUCUUAACAUUCCAAACGAAGAAAUCGAUUUCGUUGAACUUCUUGUGAAGAACUCUCCUACUGCUGGCACUUCUUCCCCAAAAGUUAAGACCAUGGGGUUUUCAGAUUUGGAAAAGGAAAACAGCCACAAGGAGCACACUGCCGUUAACGAGCUGGUCUCUCUUUCAUCUCUCGAGUCGAUGGAUUUCCGGAAAGUGUUUGACUGGGAGUUGCAGGUGAAGACCGAGGCCGGUUUAAUUGCCUACUGGUCUCCAUAUCCAGAAGUUAGAUCUGUUACCGACCCAUAUGAUGACGCCUCAACGCCCUGUGAGACUUGGAGAGUUUACGUUCUUGGAAUGGUCUGGGUUGUUAUUGGUAGUAUUAUCAACGAAUACUUCUACAACAGAAGACCAAGUAUCAGUUUGAGGUCGCUGGUUGUGCAGCUUUUCCUCUACCCUUGCGGAAAGUUCCUUGAUACUGUCAUGCCUAAAAAGAAGAUCUCCAUUUGGAGGUGGACCAUCGACCUCAAUCCUGGCCCUUGGAGUCAUAAAGAACAGUUGCUUGCGACGCUUUGCUACAGUGUCAGUGGUGCAGCUGUUUAUGCCAGUUCUUUCAUUACCCUUCAGAAGCUAGACAUGUUCUACGGUGAAAAUUUUGUGGACUUUGGUUACCAGAUCCUUUUGGUGCUUGCUUCCAACUUUAUGGGUUUCGGUUUGGCCGGUAUCUUCAGAAAGUUUGUCAUCUACCCAGUCCACUCCAUCUGGCCUACCAUCUUGCCAACGCUCGCUCUUAACAAGGCCUUGGUUCAGCCUGAGAAGAAGGAAAAGAUCCACGGCUGGUCUAUCACCAGGUACCACUUUUUCUUUGCUGUUUUUGCAUUUUCUUUCUUGUGGUUCUGGGUUCCAGAUUACUUGUUCACUGCUCUUUCAACAUUCAACUGGCUCACAUGGAUAGCACCAGAUAACUUUAACUUGGCUGCCAUCACAGGAAUGCAAUCUGGUUUGGGUCUUAACCCCAUUUCUACUUUCGACUGGAACGUUAUGAGUUUGAAUUCUCCGUUGGCCAUUCCAUUCUUUGCCCAGUUGAACAACUGGUGUGGUAUGUUUCUUGGCUUCUUUGUUAUUGUUGGUCUUUGGUGGUCUAAUUAUAAGUGGACUGGUUACUUGCCAAUCAACUCGAACUCCAUUUUCACCAACACUGGUGAAUACUAUGCCGUUAGAUCGAUUUUGCUGGAAGACGGUACUCUUGACCAAGCCAAGUACGAAGAGGUUGGUCCACCAUUCUAUACUGCCGCCAACUUGGUUACUUACGGUGCAUUCUUUGCAGUUUAUCCAUUGAACGUUGUUUACGUUCUUCUUACUGAUUACAAGAGACUUUGGUUUGCCAUUGUCGCUAUGGUGAAGUCCAUGAACUUCAAGAAGAAGACUUCUGCUUAUGACGGAUUCAACGAUCCAUUCUCGAGAUCCAUGACAAAGUACAAGGAAGUGCCAGAAUGGGUGUUUUUGAUUGUUUUGCUCAUCAGUGUGGUCUUUUCGAUUAUCUGUGUCAAGGCAUACCCCUUGAACACCCCCGUAUGGACCAUCUUCUUCGCAUUGGGAAUGAACUUUGUGUUCUUGUUGCCUUUCUGCAUUGUCUACUCCACCACCGGUACUGCUGUUUCCAUCAACGUUUUGCUUGAAUUAAUCAUUGGUUACGCUCUUCCAGGUAACGGUACCGCUUUGAACUUCGUCAAAACCUUGGGUACUAAUAUCGAUGCCCAAGCCGAGAACUAUAUCACCAACCAGAAGCAAGCUCACUACUUGAGAAUCCCUCCCAGAGCCUUGUUCCGUGUCCAGAUCAUCUCCAGUAUCAUUUACAGUUUUGUGUCUGUGGGUAUUCUUAACCUUGCUAUUGAAACCAUCGAGGACUACUGUCAGCCACACCAGGCACAGAAGUUCUCGUGUCCAAACACCACCACGUUCUACUCUGCAUCUGUCUUGUGGGGUGUGAUUGGUCCAAAGAAGGUCUUUGGCGACCUUUACCCUAUCUUGCAAUGGUGCUUCUUGAUUGGCUUCUUGCUUGCGUUCCCAUGCUGGGCCCUCAGAAAGUACGGAAGAAGAACCGUGGUUGGCAAGUACCUCCACCCAGUUGUCGUGACGUUUGGAUUCAUCCAGUAUGCGCCAUACAACUUGAGUUACUACACGCCAGGUAUGAUUCUCUCGUUCAUCUUCAUGUACUUCAUCAGAAAGAGAAUGACCGCCUGGUGGGAGAAGUACAACUACAUUCUCUCCGGAGGAAUGGACGCUGGUGUUGCUUUCUCCAGUAUCAUCAUUUUCUUUGCUGUACAAUAUAACGCCAAGACGAUAGACUGGUGGGGCAACAACGUCAACACCAAGGGUCUUGACUAUGUGGCUCCAUCCAGACUCAAUGCUACACUCCAUGCCCCAGACGGCUACUUUGGUCCAAGAAUCGGACACUUCCCUUAA